AUGUGUCCCCGGAGCGCAGACCGGGGCGCGCCGCCUCGGGGUCCCGGGCAUCCGCGGGCGGCGGGGCAGGUGCUCGACGCCCCGGGACCCCAGCCCCGGUCGCCGCGGGCUCGCCCUCCCCGGAGGCUGCGUCCUCCCCGCCCCGGCUCCGGCGGGACCCCCGACACGCUCCUCCGGCUCAGCUCCGCGCGCCCACCCGGGGGGCUCCUGCGCCGCACGGGAGCCCCGCCGGGUCCCUCCGCUCUCCCUCCGCGCCCCGAAGUCGCCCGGACCCCGCUUCCAGCCCCGGCCCUCCCCGUACCUCGGGGCGCCCCGGCUCCCGGGAUGGCGGCCGCUCGUGCGCCCGGCGGCGGCGGCGGGGACGGGGCAGGGGGCGCCCGGGCACACGACUGCUCCCCGAGCCCGCCCAGGGCGCCCCCUGCCUCCGCGUGGGCCGGGGAGAGGCGGCAGCCCCCGGCAGCCCGUCUCCCGGGCCGGGCCCGCCGAGGCCGCGCAGGGAAGUCGGGGUCCGCGGCCGGCGUGGGCGCCCGGGGAACGCCGCAAGGCCCAGGUUUUCUCUUUGUUCGAAAAAUAAUAAUAAAAACCAAACCAAAGCAGCGCGCUGGUCUUUCUCGCACCUUCCGGAGGGCGGCGGGGAGGCGUCUGGGCGAGGGUCGGCCCGACCUGCGGGGACGCGGGGACGCGGGGUGGCGGAGGCGCUCGGGCGCACCGGGUUCCGCGCCGCCGCCCGCGCCGCCGGCUCAGCCUCCGCCGCGAGGUGGCACCGACCGCCAGCGACGGCGCGCGGGCGCGACCUCCGCCCGGCGCAGCGCCUCCCUCCCGGCCCCGCCGGGCGCCGAGCGCGCACCCCCGCCCCGCGCGCGCGGUCCAACAGCGCGCGCGGCUCCCGCGCUGCCCCCCGAGUCCCCGGGGAGGGGUGCGGGGGGCUGCGGCGCCGCCCGGGGGCUGUCACGUGGCCGGGACGAGGUGGAGCUCCGCUUCAAGGGCGGCUCUUCCCCUCCCCACCAACCUUUAGGCUUUGAGCCGGAGGAACGCCCGCGGGCUCUCGUUGCCGCUGCGCUCCCUUCCACGGCCGCGCUCCCCGCUUUGAUCGUCAGCCGGCAGAGAGGGUAA